AUGGAAACAACACAACAAUCUAAUUUGUCAAAAACAUCCUCAAAGAAGGCAAGAACACUUUCUCAAAGGCACAUGAACUUGAGCGAUGAUACCUUCAGUUCAGGAAUCUCCUCUGAUCUUGAUAGUUCAGAAUUAGAUUCUCUUGAUGGCCAUAUCCAGAGGGAUGCCCAUGAGCAUGAUAAAGUUCUAGGUCAGAUAGGGCAAAAUCUCUUCAGGGAAAUUCAAACUAUAAAAACAGGGAAAACUGUUGAUAAGGCACCCAAUGAAAUCUUCAGAGUUUUCAAAGGAGGAAGAUAUGACAGAGAAACUGAUCCGAUAUAUCGAAGGAACCAGCACAAACAAAGAAUCCUACACAAUGCUCGAAGCAUGAUCGAGAAGAUAGUCCAGGAGAAAGCUGACGAUGAAGGAUCUAUUGAGUCCAUCUCUUUAGAUGGGAGUGAUGAAGAGCAAGACCUUUCUAAUUUAAAUAAUAAUCCAGAGACCAAGUACCAAAAUGUGUCCUUACAUACCAAGCAUGGAGAGAUUGAGCUCCCACAAGGAUUGCUUCACUUAGGAAUUGAGAAAAUAUUCACUAAAGAAAUGACUGGAAAGAUAACUGAGCAGUUUACACCAGAAGAUAUUCAAAGAUUAUCCUCUGUUGCUGGAAAACCUAUAAAACUAGAGGAAGUACUAGAUGAUCUGCAGAAGUUCGCUACUGAUAAAGCUAAUAAUGUCAAAGAUAAGACUAUAUUUGGAAAUCCAUUUGAGAUUAUAGAGAAAUUUACUUUGGAGAAUAAAUAUACUAAGAAGGAACUUAGAAUCCAAAAAUACCAAAAAUGAGCGGGAAUAUUAAGAAGGAAGAAGCAAGUUGAGGAAAUGAUAGCUUACCUUGAGUCUAAUCCAUCAAUUCCUGUUCUCCAGGAUGAAAGCGAGGAUGAUUCUGCCUUAACGGAUGAAGCUCAAUUUGAAAACCUUCCAGCAGCGGAAUUUGCACAAAAGGUGCUACUAGAUCCACUUUCUGAUGAAGAACCCAGCACUAGUGCCAAUGCGGAUAGAAGUCGGAGGGACCUCUUCGAUUAUGAUCCACUCAAUAUUCUGGUAAAGAGGCUUCAUAGACAAGAAGCAGCUCUAGAUAGAGAGGAGAGACAAAAACAAGAAGAAAGAAUGCUGAAAGAGAAGAAGAUUCAAGAAAAUUUGGAAGCGGAAAUAAUCGAAGAAAAUAAAUCCCAGAAAGAUCUGAAGGCUUUAGACUGGAAAGAUAACGUCUAUGAUGAAGUAUCUAACGACUUGAGACAGAAGUGACUUGAGAGACUUAAGAAAAAUGAUGAUUUAAAUUGGAUCUCAUACUCUGAUAGGUUUAGUAAUCCAAGGACCAUCAAGAAUCUCCAGACUAUUCGGAAGCCAUCUAAAGCUUGGUUUGAAUGUUACUCUUUACAAGAGGCAGAGAGGUAUAAAUACCCUACUAAGCCAUGGGUUUACUAUAACCCAGAUGAAACAACCAGUAUUGUCGCACCAGUUUUAAGGAAGAUGGGUCAAGCUACUAAUAAAGCAAGGGAACAUAAUGCAUUAAAAGGAGACAGACCUCCAAUUGUCACGAUCCUCUGCCUAGUCAGAGACGCAGCUGCAAGACUUCCAGAUGGAGUAGGAACUAGAGCAGAUAUAUGUACAUUGCUGAGGUGAAGCCAAUAUUUUGAACAAAAAUCAUCAGAUGCUCAGAUAAAUACAGUUGUAUCGGGAGCUUUAGAUAGGCUUCAUUAUGAAACUGACCCUUGUGUAAAAUAUGAUAGCGAAAAGCGUCUCUGGAUUUACUUACAUAAGAAUAGGCAAAUUAACUACCCACUAUGGGGAUCUCAAAACCCAAAUGAGCCUCCAAACACGAUAGAAAAUAAUAGUUACAAGCCUGAAUAUUUCUUUGAGAGAAAUCUUCCAGCUUUUGAGAGCGAUGAAGAAAUCCAGAUGUUGAAAGGAAAACCUAAUGAGUCUGUGCAGGGAUCCAACCCAUACCAACAAGAAUUACCUUCUGAACAUAUCAGCCAGGAAGGUCUUGAUGCUCCAAUGCUAGAUAGGAAUGAUUUUAACAGUUUUGAGCAGGGUAAUUUCAAGAGGCCUAAGUUAGAUUAAUUCAAUAAAUUUUAUUAAUUUU